UCUCGACUCUACAUCUAAUAAAGUUGAUAUGCAAAAUGUUCAAAACAAUGAUGAUGUCCAGAAUGUAGAAAUAAUAAAUGAAUCUGUUGACUUUACAUAUGAAAACGUACAAGAUGAUGUACAAGAUCAAAUUCAGGAUGUAGAAAUGACUAUAGAUGAAAAUAUGGUAUCUAAUACAUUGACAGGCAAUGAAUCACAUACUUACAAAAAACAUAAAGCAACAAGACUCAGUUUAAUUCGCUUACGCAAAAAAUUUGAAAUUAUGAAAUAUAAAAAUAGAUUAUUGCAAGACAAAAUUAAUAACGAUAAGUACAAAGUAGCUUUAAAGAAAAUAUUUACCGAAAAUCAAAUCCAGGUUCUACUUGCAAAGAAAAGCAAUGCAAAAUGUUGGUCAAAUGAUACAAUUCAACGAGCUCUAAAACUAAAAUUCACUUGUGGCACUACUGGCUACGAAGAACUUCUUCAGCAAGGAAUGCCAUUUCCAAGCCUUCGCACUUUACGUCGAAAAUUAGAAAAUUUUAAAUUUGAAAGUGGCAUUUCAAAUGAGAUGUUUGAGUUUUUAAAAUUUAAAGCUUCUUCAUUCGAGGAUAUUGAUAAAGAGUGCGGAUUAGUUUUAGACGAGAUGAGUAUAACUUCGAAAACUGUUUUUGAUCCAUCAACAAACACAAUGCUUGGAAACAUAAUAUUUCCUAAUGACAAAGGUAUUGCUACGCAUGUUUUAACAUUUAUGAUUACAGAUAAUACAAAAAGUGGAAAAAAUUGGUCUCCACGUUAACUUUGUAACCUCCGACAUGGGUCCUGGAAACAUGAAAAUGUGGAAAUGUUGUGGAAUAAAUGUGGGGCGGUCCUCGGAACUUAAAAAUUACAUACCACAUCCGUCUGAUCCUAACAGGCGCUUAUAUUUUAUUGCGGAUGUACCACAUUUGUUAAAGAACCUAAAAGAAUCGUUAAUAAAUAAUAAAUUUUUUAUCUUAC